AUGCCGAAGAAAUUCUGUGGUGAGAAUACGAAAGCAGUGGCAGCAAGAGCUCGCAAAGAAGCUGCGAAGAAAGAGGAAGUAGAGAAGAGGAAGAAAGCUGAAGAAGAUGCAUACUGGCAGGAUGAUGAUAAGAAUGUCACCCGUAAACAACAACGAAAGGAAGAAGCAGAACGCAAACGUAUGGAAGCAUUACAGAGAAAACAUGAAAAUCGGUUAGCACAUGAUGAAGAAAUGAAAGCAUUCUCGGGAAAAGCAGUUGGACCAUCUAAGAUUACACAAGCAGCGAUUGAAGCAAAUAAGCGUGCUGAAGAAGAACGAAGACGUGAAGAAGAAAGAGAGCGCUUGUUGAAAGAACAGCGUUUAGAAGCCAAAGAAGAGGAAAUUGAAGAAAAUGUUAAUCAGUUAGAGGUAGAAGGUGAAACUGCUCACACUGUCACAGAAGCAAUUAAUAUAUUGUCUGUAGGGAAACCAAUUAUCGACCGCCAUCCCGAAAAAAGAGUAAAAGCCGCCUAUCAGGAAUUCGAAGAAAAAAUGUUACCGCGUUUGAGAGAAGAAUAUCCCACAUAUCGCCUCUCACAGCUAAAGCAGGUCUUAAAGAAACAGUGGCAGAAAUCUCCUGAAAAUCCUCUAAAUCAAAGAAUUUUAGAAAUCAUUCAGUGA